AUGAAAAGAUCGGCGGACCUUGAAGGCUCUACCAAACGCUUCAAGAAGGACCACCCCGAAGACCGCAUCGACCCCGUGGAGAAGUUGUUACUGCUCCUGCUGUACCACAACCAAGAAUGGUGGAACGAAAUCCCUGAGUCGCUGGGGGAAGUGAAAGAAGAAUACUUCCCCGAAUUGGAAGGGCUCAACUACCAACAGGUGGUCAGUGAAAAAGUGCUCCGUAAUUACUAUCUGCGGAUGCGUAAGGCUCGCCUUGAAGACCCCCAAUUCACCCAGCUCAACUAUAAGGAGGAGCCCAAGCUGGCGGCGGCGACGCGGCCCACGGCCAAAGCGCCUCAAGCGCCUUUCUUCCGCAACGUCAACUUUAGCCAGCCGAAGCUGCUGAAGCUGCUGAUGGAGGACUACUUCUCCUACGACGAGUUUGACGACCUGGACGACGACGGCGCUGCUCCCAAGCUGCCCACGGAGACCCAGGCGCCGCAGUUGCCCCAAAUCGACCUCAAGAAGCUCUCGUACUACCGUGGCCCCGGCCAGCUCAACUUGGCCGCCGGCGACGAGGAAUGGUACCUGCCCCUGCCCCGGAGCACGGAGACCACCGAAGACUACAACAAGUGGUUCAAGCGCCAGAACGUGGCCAGCACCCAGGAGGUGGUGGCCGGGGGCGACUUGUCGAUCAGAGACUUUUUUGUGUGA